AUGAACGACAUAUCUUCAGCUUUCAAAGUAAAUAUUGGGGAGUUUACAGAGAAUGACCUAGUAGAUAUUUCGGCCAAAAUCCAAUCCAUUCUACCACUUAUUACAAAAUACGACAAAACCUUCAGAAGUGCCAAAGUAGCACUAGAAGAAGAUGUCCUUCUUUCUUUAGAAAAUGGGGCUACAAAUUUAUGGAAUGCGGUGAUCAUUUGUGGCAAACAAGAUUCCGAUGAAACACUUAAACAAACCUUGUUCGAUUGCAAAUAUUUCUCUUGUCUUCUACUUGGAUUGCAUGAGGCAUUGAUCGAUGAUCCAAUCUGCAAGGUGAGAGUAUUCAAAUGUUUGAUAGCCACAACAAAAUACUCCAUUGACCAGAAACUUCCCUCAAAUUUACACGAAAAGAUACAAAAACACUGUGAUGGCUACUUCGAGAGAGUUGAAAUAUAUUUUAAUGGAAUGAAAAACGUUUCUAAGAGGAUAAUUGAGGAAUAUCGAAGAGCAAAGAUCGAAAUGUAUGUUUUAUAUGCCCAGGAUGCCCUUUCAGAGACUGAUUUUAAAAUGGCCAAGUUUUACGAGCAAAAAGCACAAAUAGAAGAAAACAUAUCCAGUUUAGAUGCUAACACAAUUACUGAUAUCUGCCGAACUAUUUAUAAUUCGGCUUUUACUGUAUUUGAAGCUAAAUCAGCGGAGACAGAUUUUACCGAAUUGAUUUGGAUUUUAAAGCGUUUGCUAAGUUACCUUAAAAUGAACAUCAAAGGCCUCUCUGCAAACACAGAUUACCCAAAUCUAAAGUAUACAAUUAAUUUAUUCUUGGUAAAUUUGGCUAUUGAGGAUAGUACUAAGAAGGACCUAUGCCAAGAAUACAUUAAGGAACUUAUCAAUGAAUAUCACCAAAAAAUUGAACCUUACAAAUUAGCAGUAAAGUUUCAUGAGCUACAUAACCCAGGCGAUUUUGAACAUAUCGAAGAAAUUUUGAUGCAUAUGUUUACCGUGGUAAAUGUUGUGGCUAAUUUUGAUUCUGUAAUAUCCUUCAUCAAUCAUCAAGCCAAACUGGAUACAAAGUCUGCCCUUAGGUGUUUGGAUUAUAUUUUCUACAAUAAAAUAAAUGCUGAAAAGGAUACAAAUGCCCUAGAGUUAUACUUGACGUCGAGGGUUUAUGUAGUGUCACAAUCUGGAACUAUGAGUAAUGACGAAAAGGUAAAAGACUUAUCUAAGGUCAUUCAAAGCAUAGAGAAGAUAAUGGUAAAAAGCCUUUCUAGAACAUGCAUCACUGGCACAAUAACAAUGUUGUUCAACAAAGGUAAGCUUCUUUUCAAAGCAGGGAAACAAAGGGAAAGUGUGGAAUGGUUCAAGCUAGCUUUGAAUGAUACCAUAUCAGCCGGAUAUAUCGAUAAGGGUAAAAUUCAAAGAGCUCUACAAUUUGCAUAUAUCGAUUUGGAUGAAUUCACAAAAGUUGAAAAUGUAUUUAAUGAGAUGUCUCACACAGACCAACGAAAUGCCCUUUCACAAUUAAAUAUGUUCAGGGUUUUCACACAUAAAAACGACUUAGAGGCUGUCAAAACCUGUCUUUCUAACCUAAAGGAGUCUAAUGAUGAAAAAUCAAUUGAUAGUCUAAUAUUAGCGGUUUCAGAAUGCGAAAGAUCUACAGAUGCAGCUGUAUUUGGUAUGUUGUGCAUGUUUGAGAAAAUACAACGUGUAGGGAAGGAAAGUAUUAGCAGUAGGGGAAGCUCUAUUAUAUGCUCUCUCAGAUAUACAACUCAAAUGAUUCUUAAGAUGACGGAAAAAGAAGACGUCCAAAUGUUUUCCAAGUAUCUACCGCUUCUUCAUGAAUUAUUAGGCAGUGGGAUAGAUUUUAUUAAGACAGCAAAAGUCCUUAAUACAUUAUCUGGAAAAGUAGAGAAGUCAAAAAUUUAUGAUGAGACAAUCUCUAUUGAUGAUAUAGAGUGGUUUGCUUCAAGCUGUUAUAAUUUAGCCCGGAAAUUCUUAGGCAGUGAAUUAACUACGGAAAUUGAAACACUUAUCACAGAUUGUAAAGCAUAUCUCGACUUAGUUCCGAAAGAAGAUCUUCAACAAAAUCAAAAUCUCUAUUAUCAGUACUGGGAGAUCAGAACUGAGAUUUUGGCACUUAUUCAUUUAGGAGAAAAUACAGAGUGGAUUGCACUACAACAGCGAUGUGUGGAAGUAUUACACAGCAGCAAAACUUUUUUUAUUUCCUGUGAAAAGGCUUUACCCUCAGGAUUAUCUAUCAAUGAUGUUAGAAUGGCCGAGAAGGAGAUUCUAUUACGUUCUUUCGAGGCAGCAUUGAAUACUUCUGACAUAAAACUCUUGCUCCAAAUAUUGGAUGGUUCUUCAAACAAAGAUGAUAUGAAUUUGGAUGAAGGUUUCUUCACAUCUUUUCAGAACUUUGAGAACGUUGCAUCUGACGCCUUUGUCACACUUUUCUUAAAAACCAUUAUCCAACGGAAUAUUGAUAAUACAUCACUCUCUAAUGAUACUUUGAGUCAAUGGAUUAGAGCUCUAUUACAGUAUUCCAGUAAAGAAUACCAGCAAGAAAGCCUUCUAAUAUUGAAACAAUUUGAAGGUAGAGUUAAACACGUCAAAGAUAUUACAUCAACAGAGAUAGAGUGGCUCACUACUGUUAUUUGGAAUCAGGGCAUCUCUCAUAUGAUCACAAAUGAUAAAAACCAGGGAAUAACCUGGUGCAAAAAGGCAUUUGAAAUUUCCCAAUUAAGUCCCAAUGAUGCUCUGCAGAAUCAACUUGAAAAAUUCUGGACUGACAUAUGCUCUUCUUUAGACCUAAAAAAUGUUGUGUUAAGUGACUAA